UCGCAGGUGCUCGGCGGCAAGGCCGUCGUGGGCCUCUACUUUAGCGCCCACUGGUGCCCGCCGUGCCGCGGCUUCACGCCCAAGCUCGCCGCGCUCUACGAGGCGCUGGUGGCCGCGGGCGAGUCCUUCGAGGUCGUCUUCGUGAGCUCGGACCGCGACGACGCCCAGUUCGACGAGUACUACGGCGCGCACCCCUGGGCGGCCGUGCCGUUCGCGAACCGCGACGCCAAGGCCGCGCUGUCGCGGAAGUUCAAGGUCCAGGGCAUCCCGACCUUCGUGCUCGUCGACGGCGAGACGGGCGAGCUCAUCACCGCCGACGGCCGC